GGCGUGCUGCUCCAGUCGGUCUCCUUCCUCCCUCUGUCCCUUGCCGCAGGAGCAGCAGCUCCUCCUCCCAUGGUCGGCCUCCCUUCUCCCCCUCGGCUCCUUCCUCUAGGCCGAGCUCCUAUGCCAGGAACGACUGCUCCACUUGACCGCUGCUCCAUUUUUUUCCCUCACUCUGCUCUCUCGGCUGCUGGCAGCCAUGGCGCGACGCCUCUGCUCCUUCUCUCUACCCCACAAAACAGCCAGCGCGCAGGAGCUUCUUCUCCAUGGACGCCGACCAGGCUGGUCCCUCGCCUCUGCUCUUCCCCGUGGUCGCGGUUCUGCGCAGAGCUGCGAGCAGGAGCACGCCAUGGCCGGAUCUGCCCCCUCCAUGGACGCCCCUUGCUGUUCCCUGCGCCCGGCUCUCUCUAUCCAGCGCGUCCCAUUUUCUUCCAUGGAAAACCAACAGCGAGCCCCCUUCCUCGCUGUUCGUCGUGGUGCCCGCCGGCUGUUCGGCAAAAUGCGCAGGAAGCCGCGCGCUGCAGCAGCCCUCCCGUUCGAUCUCCACUCCCCUCGUCGCGUGUCGUCGCUCUCGUGCUCGCUGCGCAGCCCCAUCCGCAACGCCGUCGAAAACCGUGCUAGUGGUCGGCGCCGCGCUUCGCGCCUUGCCCGUUCGACGAAAUGCCAAGCCAUGUGGACAGCCCAUGCGUCUAGUCACGACUUGUUCAGGUUGAUUGAUUUAUAGUU